ACACGUUCAGUUCACUUCUCGAUCACUUCCGACAUACAUCGCUCUCGAUAUAUCCAAGUUAAUUCGUUGAAAUAAAUAAUUAUCAUCAUUAAAUAUUUUUAUACAUAUUUGUUAAUUGAAAGUUAAAAACUGAAAACGGUUUUAAGGAUUUUUAUUUGAAUAAAAAAAUGGCAACGUAUCAAAAUGGACGUAAGAAUAAACCCUUAGAUAUUGUUAUAGUAGGAGGAGGAUUGGUCGGAUCAUUGGAAGCUUUGUAUUUGGCCAAGAGGGGUCAUCGCGUACGGCUGUACGAGUAUCGUGAAGACAUACGAAAUACCCCAACUGCUAGAGGGAGGUCUAUUAACUUGGCAUUAUCAGUCCGCGGUAGGAAGGCGCUGCGAGGAGUAGGUUUGGAGCAGCAAAUGGUACAAGAACACGGCAUACCUAUGGUCGGUCGGUAUAUACACAGGCUCGAUGGCUCCACGUAUAUCAUACCUUAUGAUUCAAGGACUAAUCAGUGUAUUUACUCUGUUGGUCGGAACUUCUUGAACUCCCUACUAUUAAAAGAAUCGGAGAAAUAUAAAAAUGUAGAGAAACACUUUAAUCAUAAAUUAAUCAACGCAAAUCUACAAAAAGGUUUUCUUACAUUUCAAAAAACACAGACUAAUGAAACAGUAGAAGUGAAUGCAGAUUUAAUAAUAGGCUCGGACGGUGCAUAUUCCGCAGUACGUAAAGCAAUGAUGAAGGAACCUCUAUUCGAUUACAGUCAAAAGUAUAUCGAACACGGUUAUAUGGAAUUAUGCAUACCACCCGGAGAUGACGGCGAGUUUCAGAUGCCUUCUCAGUAUUUACAUAUUUGGCCAAGAGGAAACUUCAUGUUGAUUGCUUUACCAAAUCAAGAUCGUACUUGGACUGUCACACUCUUCAUGCCGUUUGCGAAGUUCAAUGAAAUCGACACUGAAGAGAAACUUUUGAAUUUCUUUGGGAAAUAUUUCUCUGAUGCAAUACCAUUGAUUGGGAAGAAAAAAUUAAUAGAAGACUUCUUCUCUGGAUCCGCAUUACCAUUAGUUUCAGUAAAGUGUCGACCAUAUCAUGUCAAUGACAAAGCUCUUCUGAUCGGCGACGCCGCGCAUGCUGUCGUACCAUUCUACGGUCAAGGAAUGAAUUGUGGAUUCGAGGACUGUACUAUACUCGACGAGUUAUUCCAAAAAUACAAUGAUAACCUCAAAAAUAUCCUUAACGAAUUCUCCGCUACAAGAUGGGUAGACGUGUUUGCUAUAAGUGAUUUAGCUAUGUAUAAUUACGUGGAGAUGAGAGAUUUGGUUACUCGACCUUCAUAUCUGUUCCGUAAAUCAAUUGAUGAUUUUCUAUUUUGGCUGAUACCAAAUUUAUGGGUCCCAUUGUAUAAUUCGGUAUCGUUCACAAAUAUGCCAUACAGUCAAUGCGUGAAAAACCGAAAGUUUCAAGACAAGAUUUUCAAAAUGCUUAUCGCAAUUCUGGGACUCCUGACGUUUGCUGGAAUUUUCUAUUUAUCAUUGUUAUAAAAUUGAAACAUAAAUAAAGAAAUACAUCAA